AUGGGUCUCUAUAGCCUCGCCUCUUUUGUGACUGAACUCACAUUCUGCAUUUGGGUUUUGGCCCUCUACUUCACCUCCCCCUUUUACUUCUCCAUCCAGGUUGGAUGCCAACCUAUCUCGACACUCAAGUUUAUCUUGAUCCUUUAUGUGAAGACUAUCAGACGUCUCCUCGUUUACUCCGACCCUGUCCUUCUAUAUGUCAUCCGAGCUAUCUGUCGUAUUGAGCAUUUUCUCGCACCCAACAUGGAAGGAAAAGCUACAGAGCUACUGGCGGUCUUGAAGAACAAUAACCUUGCGAUUGAUGUCAAGGUCAGCCACCUACUGGGCAUCAAAUCCGAUAUCAAACAGAAAAAUGUUCCCGAUAAUGCAGUAGAUUUGAUUUUCGAGAGCCUACGACUAGCGAUCUCAUCUCAUCACGCCGCCCUUUACGCAGCCGGUUUCUCUACACUUGGCCAUUUCCUAAAGCGGCUGUUCAUACAGGACCAGGCUCAUAUCGUCUCCGCUUAUGCCCGUCACUUUUGCCCCGUACUUCUAGAGCGCUUGGGAGACCACAAGGAGCGUGUCCGCGCUCAAGCUGCUCAAAUAUUUACCGACUUAUGGCCAGCUGCCAGCGCCGACGUAGAGCACUAUGUGCUCGAAGUAGCCUUGACGGGUAAAAACCCCAAGGCCAAAGAGACAAGCCUGAUAUGGCUAUCAAACAUGUCGAGAAAUCAUGGCCUCCUUUUCCGAUCAUAUGUGCCGAGCGUGGUUUCAUGCUUAGAAGAUGCAGAUAGUCUCGUGAGACACACUGCCAAAUUGACGGUAGUCGAACUAUUUCAGGAUGCGCCUGCACGGGCUAAAGCAGACCUGACCAAAGAAAUGGCUGCUCAAAACGUUCGUCAAUCGAUCGUGAAUGCAGUUUAUGCAAAAAUCGGACUUGAAGACCACUCUUCAACAGCUCGCCCGCGCUCACGAGUAGAGCCUCGGUAUACUCCCUGCGCGGAUUCUCAUCCUCUACGUUCUGCCUCUCGAGCAGAAGUCUUACACCAGCAGCCUGCUACCGUGGCCUCCUCAGCCCCCGUAAGACCCUCUAAAGAAGUGAUUGUGGAACCAGAACUGAUCAAAAGCCGACCUGGCUCAUCAAAGAGCGAACAGGAACGGACUACAGCCGCGACUCACGAAACAGAAAAAGUAUCACACAUGGAACCUGCCCAACAGAGCUCUCAGGAUGCUGAAGCUCCUAAGCCGCUUCAUGCCGAAACACCGAAGCACGUCGAAGAUCUCUUCCGCGUGCUGUCUCCUGCUUUCGAGGGCCGCGAGUCCGAGGACAAUUGGAGACACCGUGAGAAAUACAUUAUUUCUCUCCGCCGACUUGUUUACGGCAACGCACCCCAGGACUUUCCUCAGCCAUUCUUUACCGGGAUCAAGUCGAAUCUCGAUGGUAUUUUCAAAGCAGUCAAUUCCCUUCGCACCACUUUGUCCUCCAAUGGGUGCCUCUUGAUACAGGAUUUGGCCAAGAUCGGCGGGCCCAGAAUGGAUCCGAUGGUUGAGGUCAUUAUGCAGAACCUGGUCAAGCUUUGUGGCGGAAUGAAAAAGAUUAGCGCUCAAAACGGUAAUGUCAGCGUCAACGACGUCCUGGCAAAUGUGACUUACACUCCACGUCUCUUGCAACACGUGACGAGCGCAUGCCAGGACAAGAACGUCCAGCUACGUCUCUAUGCUGCAGGGUGGCUUAAAACCCUGCUCAACAAACAAAGCCACCACAAGAGCUCGCUUGAGCAUGGAGGCGGCUUGGCACUUCUUGAGAAGUCCCUAAAGAGGGGACUCACCGAUGCUAAUCCAGGCAUAAGGGAAGCGAUGAGAGGCGCCUUCUGGACCUUCCAUCGGAUGUGGCCUGCAAGGGGCAACAAUAUACUAUCCGAUCUCGACAACAAGACCCGUCACCUACUCGAAAAAGAUCCGGCGAAUCCAAACCGGGAUCAACUGAGCUACUUGUCAAGCGACACUCUCACUGUGCCUAGUCGCUCUGCCUUAAAAGAGGCCAUUGCAGCGCACAAAAAAGCUCGUCUUGCGCCAGCCAAGACGUUACCCCCACGACCGGAAUCAGCCCAGUCUUCGUUUGGUGAAACGAAGGCAUCCGACCCCCCAGCGAAGUCUACUGGACGCACCGCCCGGGCACCUCUUUCUUCGCUUUCUUCGGCACCUAUGCGACCUGGCGCUAAACCCCGCCGACCCGAACUGGCGCGCCCCGCGACAGCUGAUCCAUAUUCUUCUCGAAAAACCACCUCCACAGACGGCGUUCAGGUUGACAGCUCGCCAAGACCUAAGAGGCUGGGGCAGGCGGCCAGCUCAACUAAGAGCAAACCCAAGAAACUCGAUAUUCCCAUGGCAAUGGCCAUCGACCCAGUUGCACCUGAUGCGAUUAACGAAAAUGGGACCCAGCCGACUAGUAAGGUUAGAAAGCGUUCCAGCUUGUCUGAACAAUUCGCUGCGCUCAAGAGAGGUAUUCGGGCCAGAACACCCCCCAAAACAACGCCGAAAGCAUCCCCCGAAACAUCUCCCGAAACAUCUCCCAAAUUAUCCCCCCAAACACCCUCCAAUGAGCCAGAUGAUUACGAUAUAAAUGCCCUGGGCGAAUUGUCUAUCAAUAAACCACAUCGUCGCGACGAAACUGCCCUGGGAGAAUCAUCUCCCGAUAAGCCAGGUCGUCACGAGGAGAUUGCGCCGGGCGAAUUAUCUAUCAAUAGAUUAGAUCGUCGCGAUGAAAAUAUGCCCAGCGAAUCCCCUACCAGCGGUCCAGAUCGUCACGACGAAAAUGCCCUGGAUGAAUUGUUUAUCAAUAAACCAGAUCGUCGUGAUGAAACUGUCCUGGGCGAAUUACCUAUCAAUAAACCAGAUCGCUGUGAUGAAAAUGCCCUGGGUGAAUUGUCUAUCAAUAAAUCAGAUCGUCGUGAUGAAACCGUCCUGGGCGAACUAUCUAUCAAUAGAUUAGAUCGUCGCGAUGAGAAUGCACUGAGCAAAUCACCUGCUACUGAAACAGAUCGUCACGAUGAAAAGCCGAUUGGUACUGUUGAAAAUACGCCCCAACCCCGCCGACGUGUCGAAGAAGCCGAGCCUUUUUCCGCACGCUUGAAGAUACGCAGUCGCCAGAUAAACAAACGAAGGAACAUCAGCCCACAUUCCGAACAGCUAGAGAACGCAAAAGAGAUGGUCAGGGUUGCAGGUCAACGAAUCCGCUCCAGGUCAUUCGACCUCUUUGCAUACCGAAAACUACAGGACCUUAUUCAUUAUCAUGGGGAGAAACUCUUCACUCGGCCGGUGUUCGAUGAUUUGCUCGACGGGCUGUUGGUGGAGCUGCGCGAAGAACCGAGCCCAGAUAGAAAACACAAUGGUGACUACGCUGAUGUGAAGACCCAGGUCGUUGGUACACUUCGUCUGUUGGAAAAGAGCUGCCCGAACCUCUUUGUGAUUCACUACGAUGCAAUAGACGCCAUCUUUCAUGCCAGGAGAUACUUCGAAACCAACUCCUGGAUUGUUCAAGAACUCCAGCAAACCGCGUUGGAGUGGUUUCGUAACUGUGAGCCAUCAGGGCUCGAAGGCAUGCUUGUUACACUUGUCGAAUAUGUACAACGUGAGACGCGGGAUGAACCGGGAUAUCGGUCCAUCCUUAUGGCACUCUCUCUACUCACUGACCUGAUUGGUGACGCAAACAAGAAAGGGACUUGGUUCUCGAAUGAGAUCUUGGAGCAAGUUGGGACGAUAGCAGCAAGGGACAUCCUAGCCGAAGACACCGACAUAAGAAAGAAGUCUAUCGAACUCUGCGUUCAACUAUAUGUGAUGUCUUGUAACGUGUAUCAAGACAAGGGGGUAGCUUUCUGGAGGCUGGUGAGAGCACCCGAAGGGGGCACCCGGCAAUUGAUAAUGUACUACAUAGCCAAACAGUAG